GAAAGUGAAAUGAAGGCUGUUGUUUCCUCCUUCCUUGUCUCAUGUGACUGCCCGGAGCCUUUAUCAGAGUACAGCACCGGGCACUGGGGAGAGCAUCACACGGCUGGGAGACGGCACUGGGGCAUCUGGCUGUGACUUCUGCUGCUGAAGACUCUGCCGUCCCCUGCUAGGACCAGCCCCAGUGCUUGCCCUCAGGAUGAUGCUGCUGCCUUGCCUCCUCCUGGCCUCCAUUGUGGUGACUCAGGGGCACCCAGACCCAACACUGGAUGUGCACUGGGAGCUGUGGAAGAAGGCGUACGGCAAGCAGUACCGGCAUCAGGAGGAGGAAGGGGCCCGGCGCGCAACCUGGGAGCAGAACCUGCGGCUUGUGACACUGCACAAUUUGGAGCACUCGCUGGGAAUGCACUCCUAUGAGCUGGGCAUGAACCACCUGGGGGACAUGACCAGUGAAGAGGUGGCUGCUUUGUUGACGGGAGUCAGAGUUCCUCGCCAGCCGCACUGGAACGCCACCUACCGCCCGGCACUGGGCAGCCACGUGCCAGAUGCUGUGGACUGGCGGGACAAAGACUGCGUCACAGAUGUGAAGAGCCAGGGGGCCUGUGGUGCCUGCUGGGCCUUCAGUGCUCUUGGGGCCCUGGAAGCCCAAGUGAAGCUGAAGACUGGGAAGCUGGAAUCACUGAGCGCUCAGAACCUGGUCGACUGCUCCACCAUGUACGGGAAUCAUGGCUGCAAUGGUGGGUUCAUGACUGAGGCCUUCCAGUACAUCAUCGAUAACCAUGGCAUCGAUUCGGACAGCGCCUACCCCUACACUGCUCAGAAUGGGAUGUGCCACUACGACCCAGCCACGUGUGCCGCCACCUGCUCCAGGUACUUUCAGCUCCCAUAUGGUGAUGAAGCAGCCCUGAAGGACGCCGUUGCCAACAUUGGACCCAUCUCGGUCGCCAUAGAUGCGACUCUGACUUCAUUCUUCCUUUACAAAUCAGGUGUCUAUGAUGAUCCAGGGUGCACCCAGAAUGUGAAUCAUGGGGUCCUUGUGGUCGGCUAUGGCACACUCAAUGGACAGGACUACUGGCUUGUGAAGAACAGCUGGGGUGUCUAUUUUGGUGACAAAGGCUACAUUCGCAUGUCAAGGAACCAUGGAAACCACUGUGGCAUUGCCAACUACGGUGUCUAUCCCCAGAUAUAGAAGUGCUGUCUGCUUGGAGAUGAACUCUUCACAUGGAACUGGUUUAAAUUACGCACCUUUUGGCUUGAAUCUUUAAUCUGCUUGCUAUAGUGAAGAGCAGUGCUGCUGACUUGAAAGACAAGACUGUCCUGUCACCUCUGCCUGGUGGAUCUGGGCCGCACAGGAGAGAUGAAGAAUAAAUAUGUCUGGGUUGGGUUGAGUUUACCAAGAUUUAGGCACUUAUUGCUUGCUCCCUUCUACACCUCCAGGGGUUUGGAGGUGGAAUUUGUCAGUGUUUGUACUUGUCUUUGAGCUUAGGAUGGGCUCUGGAGAGAAGCUAUUCCAGCCCUUUCAUGGAACAGGCAGGAGCCAGCUCUGACAUGGCUGUGCCAGGGAGGGGCUCUGUGCAUCUCCAGCCACUGCUGAUGUUCUGCAAUAAAGCUGCCAGUACACACACUGGGUCCUGCAUCCCAGGUGAUCUUUGGAUCCAGCUUGUGGGCAGCAGGAAUCAGGGUCGAGGUCAGGUGAUAUCGCUCUGAGAAAACCAGGACCCAAAGGGACCCCUCGCUCCUGACCAGUGCAUCCACCCCCCUGCAAUCAUGUCCUCUCCUCCCAGCCAGUUUCAUGGGGGAGGUGUCCUGGCUGCUCACCCACCUGCCCCUGCUGGGAGGCUCUAGGCUCAGGGCCUGCUUUUGCCCCUUUUUUCUUGUGCCAACCUUGUCCUUGGGCCAACCCAGCAUCCCCACUAUGCCUUCAGCAGGCACCAAUAGGACCCUUUGCACUGUGACCCCUUUGCAUGGGAAGAACAGCAUGUACAGGCCUCCCGGCCGCUGAAGCUCGGGCCCCAAGGGUGUUGUACCCACGGGCCAUGGCCUGGAUGGCUCCCAGAACGACUGGUGACAGAGUGGGUGGGGGCUAGAGCAGGGCCCAGCCUGUGCAGAGAGAAGCCCCCUGCCCCACAUAGGUGUGUCCCCGUGAGAGGCAACUGCCCCCCCCCCGGGAUGACUGUACAGGAGUUAAGAGCCAUCUGGGAAGAAAAACAGCUGCCAGAUGUGCUCUGCAGCCUCUAGCACCAGUAGAAGCCCCUGCUCUCUGCUUUCUUCUUUGUGUUUAGAGGAGGUGACUGGUCUGCUCAUACAGUUAGCCUGCAGAACCACCGCUCCUUGCCGUUUUCACCUUUUUCCUCCCUCCCCCCUUUUGUCCAUAGUGCGUUAUAUUCAGUCACUUGCAUGCAACAAGAUUGAGACCCUAGGCUUAGGCUGUAACUUCUAGUCCAGGGGACAAUGCUCUUGGCUGAAGUUGUGGGGAACUGCUAGAAUAGAAAUAAAUAAAUAACCUGGAGCUGUGUGCUGUAUUAUGAUUCACAAUGCAAUUUUUCAAAUAUAAGCCAUGCUGUACUUGUUGGAUAUGGUGUAGAAAGAAGUAUGCCAUACAGGCUCAUCCAAAACAGGUAGAGAUCAUUUUCUUUAAUGAAAAUAUAUUUUCUAAAUAUUCCUAAAUAUAGCAACUAAAACAAACUCUUUUUUGCUUAUUAUUUUUCUCUUUGGCAGCUGGGGUAACUAGCUGGGCCGGAGGCAAGAAACAGGCAAUCAUUGUGGGAUAGGGUCAGAUGCCAGUUAUCUCUCGACGCAGGAGGUGGACUCUCCCCUGAAAAAAGACAGAAGCAUUAAACUUGAUAUCUCAGACCCUACUUUCCUCUUCAUUUUUCUUGGAAAUUAAUGUUUUAGUAUAUAACUCCCAAAGAGCUGUAUUGCAAAUACUUUCCCCAGUUUAUUUUUUCAAACGUAGUGUUACACAGUCCUAAAUGAACUGUUUUCUUAAAACUUAUUUAAAGGCCUGAUUGCCAGACUUUCCACAUAAGUCCUAGCUUGUCUUGAUCAAUGUCUAAAUAAUGUCUAUCUAAUGAGAGGCUCAUGUAUUAAUGAGAAUUAAGUUGACUGCAAGUUAUAAGCCGAUGCUUUGUCGACAUUUUUGAAGCUAAAUUUAAAAAAAAUCAGUAAUGAUAUUUUGCUAGUCUGUAAAUGUUGUAAAAUAAAUAUAUUUUGCAAUCCA